AUGGAGAAUGGCGCGAUGCUGCAGCUUCCGGCAGAAAUGACCGACAAGAUCCUGUCUCAUAUCAGUGAUCCUGCCUCCCUAGCUCGCCUUGCUUCAACAUGCAAGUUUUGGCGUAAUAUCAUAAAGGACAGAACCUUCCUUGAUCGCCUAAUGAGGCGCCACCAUGACCAUGGUUUUACUCCGUCCCUGCUUGUUGGCUUCUUCUACCAGGACAGCACUGAGUCUCCUCAACAGUUAUUGCAGCAUAAUAAGGGCAAGUGGCGUAGUUUGGCACCGAGCUUCAUGCCCAUGUCUGAAUUGUCAGAAUCCAUCGGCAGCAAAGUCAGUUGCAAUGCACUCACACCAGCUAAGCUUUGUACCUUCAUUCGGGGUCUCGGUUGCGAUCUCAACUUAUACCAGCCCAUUGCAUCGCAAGACAGCCUCUUGGCCCUCCGCCGCCAAGGCACCAGUGACCAAGCCCAGUCGGACAAAUUAUGUGUCUGCAAUCCUCUCACUGGUGAAAUCUUCCACAUACCUUCGAUUCGAAUUACAUCACCUGACAUGUAUACCUUACUUGUCACCGAGGAUGUCGACCAUGGCAAGUGCGUAUCUCAGUCCUUCCAGCUGGUAGCCAUUUGGAUCAUCAGACAAAGGAGGUUUUUAAUUGGAUCCUACUGCUCAAAGAUGUCACUGUGGAAGCAUGGCAGUGACGCCAGCAGCUGGGUCCUCUUUGUAACAAUCAACCUGGCAAGUUCCUUGCCGAUAAGGGUGGUCCAGAUGCAGGCCAGAGCAAAGAUCAAGUUGGAGUUGUUCCAAGGGAAGAGUGGCACGGUCGUGCUUUGGGUUGAUGGUGAAGGCCUCUUUCUUUUCAGCCUGAGCGAUGGGUCAAUGAGGAAGAUUGGUAAUGAGCGUGCUAUAAAGAAGUAUAACUUCUGCCCGUAUGAAAUCGAUAGGCUAUCCUGCCUCUCAAUCAUGAACCUUGUCGUCGACGGCUCCUUGCUGCUCGAUACUGGAAGGAAAACGAUGCAACACAGAUGGAGGAAAAUAGUGGCAAGACAUGAAAUAGAUUAA